AUGUCGACCAGCCAUCCGCCAGAGCCCCGCGCUGGCUUAUCGAUCAACCGUAUCUAUCUACUGUUCUAUAACACCGUUUGUGCUUCACUAUGGCUCCGCAUCUUUGUUACUUUGAUUUCUACCUUGCUAUCAUCGCCCGACGCCUUAGUUGUAUACAUAUCUCUUGAACCCUGGACACGUUUUACCCAAACCUUGGCUGUUGCGGAGAUAAUUCAUGCAGCAUGUGCCCCAGGAAUCACACGUUCACCUGUCUUUACCACCUUCACUCAAGUCUUCGCCCGUUCAACUCAGGUCUGGGCUGUGAACUAUGCGUUCCCUGAAGCGACUUCCCCCUCGUGGGCUUAUGCAGCUAUGCUACUCGCGUGGUCAACUGCAGAUGUCAUUCGGUAUUCAUACUUUGCAACAAUGUUAGCCGGAUUGAAUAACACCGGAAUUUUGAGAUGGCUCAGAUACUCCCUCUUUGUGAUACUCUACCCAGUUGGUAUUGGCAGUGAAUGGUGGUUAAUGUAUAAUGCUACUAAGGUCACUGGUAACUUGGCAGUCUUAGCCGUGUUCUAUUUCUUCCUAGGGCUAUAUGUUCCUGGCUCGGUGAUGAUGUAUAAGUAUAUGCUGAGGCAGCGUCGAAAGGUUUUGCGUGAUAAAUAG